AUGGCCUCUUCAUCCAAAUCCAAAAUGCUUAACCUCCCACUAUCGCCCGCUCAGUUGGCGGAAAUUAACGCCCAUCUUCGAGGCUUGACGCCGGAGGAAAUCUUAGCUUGGGGCAUCGAUCAUUUGCCUGGCCUGUACCAGACGACAGCGUUUGGCCUGACGGGGCUCGUCGCAAUCGACAUGCUUGACAAAAUUGCGUCGACAUCGCCUUCAUCCUCGGCUCCAUCCAGCCGCGAGCAUUCGCCCGUUCCGAUUAUGCUUGAGCUUCCCUCGCUUUCUGCGUCUUCCCCGCGAUCCCAGCCGCCACUCAUCUUCCUCGACACCUUAUACCACUUCCAAGAGACUUAUGAACUUGUCGAAGAGGUCAAGGCGCGGUAUCCCGACGUGCCGCUCUAUGUCUAUAAGCCGGCUGACUGCGAGACCGUCGCAGACUUCGAGACAAAGUGGGGCGCGAGGCUGUGGGAGCGCGACGAGAAUGUGUAUGACUUUGCUGUGAAGGUAGAGCCAGCAAGACGGGCAUACCAGGAGCUCGGUGUGAAAUCCGUGAUCACCGGACGAAGGGCCACGCAGGGCGGAGACAGGGCCGGACUGCAGCCGCUGGAGGUCGACGAGACGGGCCUGUUGAAGCUCAAUCCGCUGUUCGAGUGGACUUUCCCAUUCAUCGAGUGGUAUACGAACGAGUACGACGUGCCCAGGAACAGGCUGCUUUCGCAGGGCUAUCGCUCUGUAGGCGACUGGCAUAGCACCAGCAAACCAGGAGAAGGCCAGGGAGAGCGGUCAGGACGGUGGGCUGGCCGGGAGAAGACGGAGUGCGGGCUGCACAAGAACUAUUAUGAUAUGCUAGAGCAGGCCGAAAAGGUCAAGAACGAGGCGAAGAGCGAAUCGAUCUUGUCCACACCCACGGUUUCCGUUUCUGCUUAG